UGCAGCCGGAUCGAGAUAUUUCCCGCGCACCCGAUGCCAACAAGAACGGCAUCGCUGCUGGCUUUCGGUUAAUCGAUAAGACAGUUGCCGCCGGCUGUAACUCGUUUCCUUAUCAUUGGCCUAGUUCGAGGUCAGGCUACCGGGGGCGCUGCACGCUUCGUGUUCGCUCCUCCUUCCACCGCCUACGUUCAAGUCGAAUUGAACGUUGACUGUCGUCGGACAGGCCUCGUCGGCGGAGCGAAAGUCUCGCGUGCACGCGUCGUCGUUACGAAAAAUGACGUUUAUCGGCCCACGCGACUCUUCCGUGUAUUGUCCGCGGCCUAGGCAAGUCCACGUUUCACGCGUUAUGUGAACCUCCUGCGCCAGGGACUCGGCUGUUCGUGCUAGCAUGAGUGUUUCUCAGGAAAGCGCAGCCACGAUCGUGUGCAAGGAGAUCUUCGACGGCACCUCGCAUCCGUCAGACGAAGAGGUACUGGAAUAUGCGAGGCGUUUGGGAAUCGACCCGGAUACGGAACCACACCUGCUGAAUUUGGCCCGGGAGGGCCUGAUGGCGGCUCUCCCGAAGGGCUGGCUACCAUGCUUCCACGAGACCAGCGGCGCCUGGUACUACUAUCAGGCCUCGACCGGAACUACUACCUGGCAGCAUCCGCUGGACGCGAUUUACAAGGAGAUGGUCGACCAGGCCAGGGCUGGCAACACCAGGCCCGGUAACACCAGGCAAAUCAGCGUCGAGGACGACUCGAAAACGACGGCCAAGGACCUCGAGUCGCACGAGGAAGCGACUCUGCCGAAAGAUACCUCCGCGCCGAAGGAACCGACCAAGCAAUCCAACAAGACCAAUCCGUCGCCAACCAGAAUCCCCACGAAGCUGACGCCUCUGAAGAAGCUAGACAAGCUCGAUGGCGCGAAGAAGAAAGACGCUGCCGGCCAAGAGAGGCAACAAUCUAAACGGGACGACUCGAAAAUGGAGAAUCCUCUGGCAAAUAACAGAGCUGCCAGAGACUACACGAACCUCAAGUUCCAAGAUCCAAAGUUCUACGAAUGUCCUAGGCUCUUGGAAAUGACCACGUCGAUCUCAAAUGCCUCCACGAUCACCACGCCGAUGCAAGAGAUAGACUUGAAGGAGGUGCUGAAGAGAUCGGAAUCCCUGAGUCCGAGGCACGAGAAAGACUGGGAGCAGCUGUCCAGUAGGUUCAAUUCCGAGGAGAACAUCAUAGACAUCGACAAGCUCAGCAUGACCACGUUAGCCAGGUCGGAAAAGGCCGAGAAGUUCGACAAGGAGAAACACCCUAGUCAAUUCGGCCAGCAAAAGGAACUCACGCUCAGCGGCGGUGGGACGAUGUUUCUGAAGAGCAACAGGAGCAGAGACACGACCCCUAGCCACGAGGGCGCCAAGAUCGAGGAGUUCCGGACCAUGCUGAUCCCGGACGAGAGCAGCAACGUCGGAGGGGACAAGUUGAAGUCGAUUCUCAGGGAGAAACAGUCGGAAGACGAUGUCAGACCGGUGGACGAGGAACGCAAGAGUGUACGCUUCGACAUAGAGAAGGAAGUGGACAUCAAGUUCACCUACUCCAGGUCCGAGGACGAUUCCGAAUCGGAAUCCGAGGGACAGGACGCGCAGAUGCUCGCUCAGGUGUUCACGAGCCGCGAUCCUGAUUGGACUCCCUCGUCGCAAAAGUCGAAUUGCCAAAGAUCGAACGACGAGACCAAGGAAGACUCGGAGAGCCAGUUGGACGCGAGUAUGAAGAGGAGUUUGUCGGCGGACAAGAUCGACGUCUCGAAGAGGAACGGGAAACUCGUGGGCAAGAGGUUCGUCGUGAGGAACGUUCCCGAGAACGAACAUCGCAAGAGGUUCACCCUGCAGAACGUUUCCGAGAAGGAGCACCGUGUCCAAAUGGCGCGAGACAGUCUAUCCGGGGAGAGCCUGUCGAGAGAAAGCAGUCUGGAUUACACGUACUCGAACAAAUUUAACAAAAUCAAAAACAUCGACCUGGUGUUGAAGAGCGAGACCGACCACAGCGACUCCGAAGCGCGCAGGAGGAUCAAGCCGAAGGUGGAUUUCUUGCGGAACGAGCAAACCGACGACGAGGAUACUUCCGACUUUUCCAAGGUCAAUCCGGAAGCCGAUCUCUCGCGGAAGGAACGGAGCGAAGCGUCGGGAAAGGACGAGCAGAGCAAGAUCCUGGAGGAAACGAAGACGAGAUUGAGCGAGGAGCAUCAGAGGGACGUCGAAGCGCUGAGGAAAGAUUACAAGGACAAGCUGGAGCAGGUGAAGAAGGAGCUGGAGGAGAAUUUCAUGGAACAGAAGGAGCAAUUGGAGAAGCAGCUGACCGACAAGCUGGAAGAUUUGAGACGGAAGAUGGUGGUGAAGGAGGAACGAGAGAUCCAGAAAUUGAUCGCCGAGAUGGACGAGGCGAAGUUGGAGAACCUGAAAAAGGUGAAGGCUGAAUUGGAAGUGUGCUACGAGAAGGAGAGACAAGAGAUCCUGACGAAUCUGAAGACCGAGCUCGACGAGAGGAAAGGUGAAUUGUUGGAACUACGGAAUCAGGAAAUGGGAAAAUUGGAGAACGAGCACGAACGCGACCUCGACGAGGAGAAACUGGCGAAACUCAGCGAGAUCAAACUGACGAAGCAACACUCGGCGAGAAUAAAAGCGAUGAAGACGGAAUUGGAUAAAGAGUUCGACGAGUUGCGAACUCAGCUGCGUGUGCAACAGAAGGAGAACAUUACGAAAAUCACGGAGGAGCACGAGAAACGUCUAGUCGAAAUUCUACGCGAUUUUAAAAUCAACGAGGAUCGCACCCUGAAGAUGUAUAAGCAGCGUUUGACGGAGAUUCAGGUGGAUUUUUCGCGCGACGCAGAGAUAGAGGCAAAGAGACGAUCGGGCCAGACUAUCAUGAUAGAUAGCUUCCAGUACGAGAGAAUGCGUUGCGAGAGGCGACUGAUACAGGACAAAUACCUAGCGUUGAAGGAAAAGUACAGGAAGCUAAAGGAGGAGGUUCGUUCGUUUAUCGAAAGGAGGAACAAAAGGAAGGAGGGGUACACCACGGCCUCGGAGACGGAACGAUCGACGUCGACGAGAACGAGAACGGAGAAAACCGAGUCGUCGGAUCAAAAUACCCCACUACGAAACACGCAUUCGAGCUCGGCGACGACGAACACUAAAGCGCACGAGACUCAGACGACCACAAACGAGCAGUCGGAAGAAUUACACGAUCCGAACGAACCGAACGUUCAGAAGACGAACUCGGGGUUUCAGAAGAGCGCAGCUACGUCGAACGCAAAGAACGUGAGAUUCCAUUCCGUUGACACCAGCCUCGCCAGCGAGACGAACGCGAACAUGACCACCGCGAAGAAGAACAUUGGCAAGAAACCGACCACCGCCGCGAAACCGAACCCUUCCACCGGCAAUAACGUCAACAACAAUAACAACAACCUCGAAAAUCCGGUCGAGAACAUCAGAAAGCAGCUGGAGAAGCUCGAGGAUCUCGGUGAUCAAUUGCCAAGUAACGAAACGGCCUACACGUUGCGAUAUCCUUUUCAAGACAAAGCACCGGCGAACGCCUCCUCGGAGCUGGAGUUCUUCCGGCACCGAAUUCACGUCGAAAGGGACUCGGUGAAGAGAGCACGGGAGGCGUUGAGACAUCAGGAGAACGUGUUCCAGGGACGACAGAUGGCUUGGAAGCAACGUAGCGUCAAAGCGACCCUCGAGCAAUUGGUUCAGGAAGAACGCGAGCUGUCGGACAUGGAGGUGAAUUUGCAUCGAACCAAGAGCCUUCUGGGCGAGAAAGUGAUCCAUCUGAGGCACCUCGAGCAGUCCCUGGAGAGAGUGGUUAACGCGAAAACGAACGAGAACGACUCGACUAUAACGAAAAACGAGGAAUUGUCGUUGAGCGAAAUGUCCAGCGUGAGCAGUGGCAUCAGUUCGACCGACAUGAGAACCGACACGUUCACAGAGAAACCGGAUCACUACCAGGAGUCGACGGAAAUCAUCGCAAGCCUGGAAAACCUAAACUCGGAAAUACGUGAGAUCUGGGGCGUGCUGAAUAAACGUCAAGACACGGACAUACCGCCGCCACCGACAUUGAUGUAUUCUUAUUUGCGAUGGCUACGUUUCCAUCAUCUUACGGCCCAGUCGAGCAACGUGCAAGGAACAUUCGGCACACCGAAUAUUCAGUCGAACAUCCUGUCUCAGUUAACAGUCACGCAACCACCCACACCCACAACGCAAAACAUCAUCGCCCAAUAUGGUCCUAACAGCGGCUUCACCACCAGCGUUUGUACCGUUGAGAAACACUCCUCGAACCUGAUGGAAAGAACGUGGAAUCUACGGGAUUGGCUGCGACAAACUUGCGUCGAGAGCACUGACAAUCCAGGUCGAACGACUCUAUAAAGAACAACCCACAGUCGAUCGAAAAGUUUGCUUCCAAACGGCAUUCGCUAGGCGACUCGAGUACCCGUUUC